UUCUUCUCCUUUGGUCCUAUAUUCUGCUGCUCUCUCAAGCUUACAGAUUUAUUUUUCAAUAUUUAACUACAAUAUUCUAUUUUAUAACACCCUUUAAAAUGAGAAAUUAAUUUGGCCAAAGCCACAGUUUGGCAUGCAUUAUAAUCACUCGAAGUUGUGCCUGUAACGUGUUUGAUGAAAUGUCUAAGUAAUUCUCAGUCGACGUUGAAAACUUGAACGAGUGUAUAAUUUGUUCGGAAAUAAUACAGGAAUGGAUGUGGCACAUUGCAAUUUAGACGGCAAUGCUGACGCCGUUGAAUUUUGUCCACACGACUCGUACCACCAUGUCUUGGCAGCUUCAACGUACACAUUGCAAGAGGGUGAUCGGCCGAGCCGAGCUGGGAGCAUAUCACUUUUCAAUGUUGAUGCUGAUUUGGGUCGCCUUGAUUUGUUUCACCGGAUUGAAACGGCGGGUAUCUUUGAUAUAAAGUGGAACCCGGUUGGAGGCUCUGUGAGUCCUCUUCUUGCUCAAGCUGAUGCUGAUGGUUACUUGAGAAUUCAUGGUCUUGAGUGCUGUUCAGAUGAAGCACGAGCAGGGUUUUCUUUGAGAGAGAUAACUGAUGAAAAAAUCAGUUCUGCCAUGUGCCUUUGCCUGGACUGGAACCCUUCAGCUACGUCUAUAACUGUGGGGCUAUCGGAUGGUUCGGUCUCGAUAGCUUCUAUAGUGGAAUCCCAACUAGAGACACAAGAACUAUGGAAAGCGCAUGACUUUGAAGUUUGGGCAGCUUCAUUUGAUACUCACCAACCCCAGUUAGUAUACUCUGGUUCAGAUGACUGCAAAUUCAGUUGUUGGGAUUUGCGAGACUGCCCUUCCAAGUUGGCAUUUCAGAAUACCAAGGUUCAUACAAUGGGAGUUUGCUGCAUAGUCAAAAACCCCAACGACCCGAAUACCGUACUUACUGGUAGCUAUGAUGAAUACCUGAGGGUAUGGGAUGUAAGAUCAAUAUCAAGACCAGUUAAUGAAACCUCAAUUUGCCUAGGAGGAGGAGUGUGGAGGAUCAAGUACCAUCCAUUUGUAAGUGGUCUAGUCUUGACAGCUUGUAUGCACAACGGAUUUUCAGUUGUCAAGAUUAAUGGGGACAAAGCUGAAGUAAUUGAAACAUACAGUAAGCAUGAGUCACUUGCAUAUGGAGCUGACUGGCACAGAGAGAAAUCGUUUCGUGAAGGCAAAAGGAAUAGCACUUUAGUUGCUACUUGCUCGUUUUAUGACCGGCUUCUUCGCUUGUGGAUGCCAGAAAGUGUUUUGCAGGAUUCUGUGCUUUGAGCAAAUUUGUUUAGUUGAGUUGUGAAGGAUCCAAUGGUGUCACUUUUGAGAUUCGGCAUUCGUACUUUGUUCGGUACGCAUUAGUGAAGAAACCUAUCUAUCUUUUCUUUGUAUUAAGUAAUAUAAGAAAUUCAAGUUCUGGUAUGUUAAGAUUAAACACUGAACAUGGUUACUACUUUCUGAACAAAAGCUAAGACAUCUACCCAUGAAACAGGGUUUGCUUUUGCUACCUUGAUUGUUUUUAGUGGAUUUUGUAUUGGUUUCUU